AUGGGUGAGGAGAAGAGGUAUCAAUUGAGUCGGGGCGUGAAGGGGAGAGAUGAAGCUGGUGAGGAAAAUAGAGAGAGGAGAGGACGAGAUAGACAUGGAGAUGAAGGAAGAUGUGUAGAUGAGGGGAAGGCAGAAGUACGGACAAGUUCAGUCAACCCGGAAUCACGAAGAGGUGUUAGACGGAAUUCACAAUCUGUUAAGAUUGGACGUGAUAGGCCUCAGUCUAACGUUGAAAACGGUCGCAAUCGAGGUCACAGAGAUGGUAGCAGCAGGUCAUCUGCCCCCGUUUCCGAUCACGACAGCAGACAUUCCAUCCGACGGGUUGAGGGACCACCUACCACUACUGUCGACAAUCCCUUACUACCAAUCAAAAGAAGAGAUCACAGUAGCAACAGAGGUGCAAGCGGAAGUGAUAGAAAAUCUAACACCUAUCCACCUCAUCCCAGUCGCCAUAAAAAUCCCGAUGGAAAACGUGGGAGAGAUUCCAAUAAUCAUGUGUCCAAAGACACACUUACGAAAAUUAAAAGCGACAUCGUAACGGUGCCUCUCCCCAAUCGCAGCAAUCAAUCUCAAGAUCAAAGACCAGGCAGAAGAGACCCAUCUAUCAAUCGCGAAAUAGAAAAGCUUAAACUAGCUGAUUCGAAAGGAUCAAAGGCUGCGACUACAGAUAAUCGCGAAAAACGAAGCAAUAAUGAGCCUGCUCUUAAGAUACCUGCAAGUGUUCCGCGUAGCAAGGUGAAAAUUGGGAUUCUUCCAAAAUGUUAUCAACCUUGUAAAGACGAAGAGACUCGGCGAGUAAUCGUUUUUGGGGAUGUACACGGGAUGCCUGAUGCCAAGAACCGUCUCUUGGAAUAUAUUAAGUAUGAUCCAGCGUUAGAUCAUCAGAUAUUCAGCGGUGAUAUGAUAACCAAAGGGAGAAAAAGUAAUCCGAGCAAGAGUGCUACGACUGAAGGAUUGAUAACCAUCGAGGCUUCUAAAGAUGUCGUGCGUGAGGCUAGAAGAGAUGGAGCUUCAGGAGUUCGCGGUAACCAUGAAGACUGCGUACUAAAUGUCAAACAUGAAAGAAAGGGUUGGCAAGAAUCGACCGACCGCAAAUUGGAUAAUCAGUUCGAUAUCCAAGUGAGAAAAAAGUUGAGGACACCAGAUCAUAGGGAUACCAGCGACUAUGACCUAUAUGAUGCGCUUACUACAGAAGAGAGACGCUGGCUUGAAGAUCUUCCUGAAAUUCUAGUCCUGGGAAAAUGUGGUGGGCAUAACAACAUGGUUGUUGUACACGCUGGAUUGAAUCCAUUUUUCGAGCUGAGGGAUCAACAAAUCAUAGAGACGAUGAACAUUAAAUCUAUAGAUCCAGUGAAAGGAUAUACUAGUUCGAUGCAUGCGGGAGACAAGGAGAUCAAAGCCUUGGAUAAGGAAGACGAGAGACGUUUUAGCAAGAUGAUACCGUGGUUUGAGGUUUGGGAGGACAAGCAAAAGACAAUGCCACUAAGCGAAAGAAUGACAGUAAUGUAUGGCCAUGAAUCCAAGAAGGGCUUGACCAAAAGGAAAUUUUCAAUUGGUCUCGAUACUGGUGCGCAACGUAUAGACAAACUCAACCCUGAUAAGUAUCGGACUUUGACUGCCCUCCUUGUUUACUAUGAUAGAUGUAGAAUAGUUCAAGUGAAGGAGAUCAAAAAAGAAACGGGGGAAUGGGAAUGGGAGCCAGCUGAGCUGACAAAGGAAGAAUCUCAUUUUUGA